AACUCACAUGUUACCCACAAAGGUGAGCCUAAAUGGCCAAUAAACAGAUGAAUAUUUAUGCUUACUACCAACCGAUAGAAAAAGAAAUCGUGUGCUAAGAAGUGUUUUGAGUUGAAUUUAUGUGGAAGUUUUAGAGGGUAAUCAUUGUUUGCCAAGCAAUUGGUAUCAUUUGAUGCAUCAGUUGAUCUAUUGGUGAUGACAGAUAGGGCUUAAGUGUUUAGUUGAUUUUGGAGGUCUAGGGACGAUAGAGGAGAUGGAAUUAGCCGAAGGGGCCUGAUGAGUGUGUUAAGGAAGGGAGCUACGAAGGUGAAAAGGGGAUGGUUAUGAUGUGCAUAGAAUUGACCCUCCAGUUGAACCACUGACUCGUUGAUCCGCUGCAUUGUCCAAGUAAAUGUCCGAGUCGGGUCUAACAACUAUGAUCUAUUCUGCUUCCUAUAAAACUUGAGGAAGUUUUUUUGGUUACUACAAUUGUACAAUUGCAUUGUUCUAGCUAUGCCACUAUGUUGGGCGGGUAUGCGAACUCUGAAAUGGAGUUAUUUACCAGCAUCAUUCAAUUUCAGCUCCAGACUUGAGGGGCAGUUUUUCCAAGAAAUUCGAAUUUUCACGACAAUGAAACCCAAUUCCGCGGACACUCCAGAACUCCGCAUACUUAAUAAGAAGAUUACACAUCUGAUCCGCAGUGGUCCUCUCGAAGACGCAAGAGCAUAUUUUGAUAAAUUAUCGCAAAGAAACACCGUAACGUGGAACUCAAUGUUGAGUGGGUAUGUCCAACGCCGAGAGAUUGCUAAAGCGCGGAAACUAUUUGAUGAAAUGCCUGAAAGAGACGUGGUGUCAUGGAAUUUGAUGCUGUCAGUGUAUGUGUCAUGCCGUGGAAGGAAGCAUGUAGAAGAAGGUAGAUACUUGUUUGAUAAAAUGCCUGAGAGGGAUUUUGUUUCUUGGAAUACUAUGAUUAGUGGAUAUGCAAAGAAUGGUAGGAUGGAUGAUGCCUCGAGGCUUUUUAAUAGUAUGCUGGAGAGGAAUGUUGUGACUUGGAACACAAUGAUUACUGGGUUCUUGCACAAUGGAGAUGUGAAGGGAGCUAUAGAGUUUUUUAAGAGGAUGCCAAAACGAGAUGCAGCUUCUCUUAGUGCCCUUGUGUCUGGUUUGAUUCAAAAUGAUGAACUGGAUGAGGCCGCUGAUCUCUUAUUUAAGUAUGGGAAAAGGGGUGACAGGGAAGAAGAUCUCAUUCACGCUUAUAAUACUUUGAUUGCUGGGUAUGGACAGAAAGGAAGGGUUGAGGAUGCUAGACGGCUUUUUGAUAGAAUACCAGUUCGUGGUAACAAGGGAAGUGGGGGAGAGUUGAGGUUAGAGAGAAAUAUGGUGUCUUGGAAUUCUAUGAUUAUGUGCUAUGUCAAAGCUGGAGAUAUUGUUUCUGCAAGGAAGCUGUUUGAUCAGAUGGAGGACCGAGAUACAUUUUCCUGGAACACAAUGAUUAGUGGCUAUGUUCACGUGCUGGACAUGGAAGAGGCAACCAAACUCUUCUUAGAAAUGCCAAAUCCUGAUACCUUGUCCUGGAAUUCGAUAAUCUCGGGCUUCACACAGGCAGGGGAUAUGGAACUUGCUAUGAAUUUCUUUGAGAGGAUGCCUCAGAAAAAUCAGGUUUCUUGGAAUACCAUAAUAGCAGGAUGUGAGGAAAAUGAAGACUACAAAAGAGGCAUUGAACUUUUUCUUAAGAUGCAGAAAGGAGAGAAACCUGACCGUCACACCCUGUCCUCGCUUCUUAGCAUUUGUGCUGAAACUGCAGAUGUGAAACUAGGUAUGCAAAUUCAUCAAUUCGUCACAAAGGUUGUUAUACCAGACAUACCGUUAAAUAAUUCUCUCAUUACCAUGUAUGCAAGAUGUGGGGCAAUAAUUGAAGCAAAGAUUGUCUUUGAUGAGAUGAAAUUUCAGAAGGAUGUCAUCUCUUGGAACGCUAUGAUAGGAGGAUAUGCGUCUCAUGGGUUUGCACAGGAGGCCCUGGAACUCUUUGAAUCAAUGAAGCAAAUUGGAGUCUCACCAACGUAUAUCACAUUCAUAUCAGUUCUCAGUGCAUGUGCUCAUGCUGGUCUAGUGGAACAAGGCAGGUCAAAUUUUAGAUCCAUGGUUAGUGAGUUUGGUAUUGAACCAAGAGUUGAACAUUUUGCCUCCCUUGUGGAUGUUGUCGGUCGAUUUGGACAGGUUGAGGAGGCCAUGGAUGUUAUUCGUGAUAUGCCAAUUGAGCCAGACAAGGCUGUGUGGGGAGCUUUGUUGGGUGCUUGUAGAGUGCACAACAACGUGGAUAUGGCGAAAGUUGCAGCUGAAGCAUUAAUGACAUUGGAACCAGAAAGCUCUGGCCCAUACGUUUUGCUGUAUAAUAUGUAUGCUGAUACUGGGAGAUGGGAUGAUGCGAAUGAAAUCAGGAUGCUGAUGGAGAAGAAUAAUAUUAAAAAGCUACAUGGCUAUAGUCGGGUGGAUUCCACUUGUUUGUAAUGUUUGUGCUCCAUGGGAAAGUUAAAAUAAUUGAGUUUGGCGACAAGAGAAUGCUCACUCGACAAAAUGUGCUUCUGAUUUGCAAUUGAGCUAAGGUUUUGAAGGUGGUCAAAUCUAAUUAAAAUAUCGCAUUGGCGGAGCUAGCCUGCUGGUAAGACCUGUUAAACCUUUUUUUUCUCAUAGGCGAGAGGUUUCAUUUCACGGUCGUAAUCCCCCGUUUGGCCCCCAUUUCUUGGUAUUAUAAUAUUUGGAAUAGUGUUUAUUUGGGGAAUGUGCAGUUGAAAAAGAAGGAAAAGUUUUUUGUUUAUGUGUAGUUUUAUUUUAUGAAAGAUUGUGUGGUUGAAAAUAAGAGAGAAAAAUUACAAUAUGAAAUAAUGGGGGCCAAACGUGGGCUAAAUAUUAUAUGAAUUUAAAUUUAGUUAUCGGCCAAUGUUCUUUCUGAUGGAAUCUGCCACUUAAUAGUACAGAAAGAGAAUUUCUAACCGGUGACAGUCAGAUUUCCUUUCUUAAAUUUUUUAGGAUUUCAUGUGAUUUCAGAUGGUAUGCAUUAAUCUUGCUUCUGCUUUGAAGAAACAAAGCACACAAUAAACAAUAUAUUUGAGUGUUCAACAAUAGUUUAUAAUAUUUGAAAAUAUGUUAAAAUCCUUGGCAGUAUUUUCUUUUCCUCUUCAGUUUGAUUUACUUAACACAUUGCACAUAUUUCUGUAGCGGGAGACAAUCCAUGCCGUGUGUACCUUCCUACUGUUUCUGGGGGUGUUUGAUAAUAUCGAUCAGCAUUUGAAAGAACUAGGUAUUUCUAGGUCACUAAAAAUUCAUCCACAGCUUUAGCAGAUGAACCCUUAAAACCUUCAACCUCGUGGAUUGCAUUUUCCAGCUUCUCUUUCAGUAUUUGGGCCUCUCCUCUUAUUCCAACACGUUUUUCAGUCUUUCCCAUUACUGUAUUUAUCACUUCCGAGAUAUGUUCAUGCCCAAUAACCUCGACGUUCUUCCCCUCUCUCAACUCUAGACUGACACCUCUUUUUCCAACAUAUGGGAGUUGAAAAUUUGCUCUCCUCUCAUUGGCCAUCCAAUUAUUGGUAUUCCUCGACACAUACUUUCCAGUAUGGAAUUCCAACCAUGAUGAUUGAGGAAAGCACCAAUGGAUUCGUGUGAUAAAAUAUGGUUUUGUGGAGCCAAUUUGUGUAUCAGCAAUCCUUGAUUCUGUUUCUUCUUUCGUUCCUCAAAACCAUCCGGGGAGUGAUUCUCCAUCAUGUAGUCUGUCCAGGUUACAAUUUGGGGUUGACGUUGCUGCUAAAACCAGAUGGUGGUGUAGCAACCCAAAUAAAUGCUUUGCCACUGUUUUCCAGCCCUAGAGCUAGUUCUAACAUUUGUGAAGCGGAGAUACUGCACAUCUAUCCGAAACAUACACAAAGAACUGAAGCUGGGUGAUGAAAAUUGAGCCAUUCAAUGUAAUAGUUGGCAUUGCAUGUUAGUGUCCUUCCCUUUAUCAUAGCGAAGGAAGCUGGACACUGGUUUUCCGUCUGAAAUAUUGCAAACCAAUGUCCUCUAAUUCCUGUAUGGUGUUCAAUAGGAUCGCAUCAGAGGAUAAACAAUGAGAGAAUUGUCUCUGGCGGAAGAAAAACCAAAAACUUGCAGCUUCCACUUAUUUUAAGUCCAUGGGAAUUCACGCUUGUGCAAUUCCAGAAGCUUCAGGGAAGUCAGGAAUGGAAAUCUCAUCACGAAUUCAGAGAAAUCGAGAAGCAAAAGGUCAUACUGUAGGCCACCCCAGCAAUGAACAAGAUUGAAAGAUUCCAAGCUUUUUUGCAAUUUUAACUCUCCAUCCCAGGAACAUAUCAGAGAUAAUGCACACUGGUGGAGAGCCAUCACUUUCAUCUCCUCCAGGAGUUUCUUAGAAGGGGAUUCAUGAUUUUCCGAGGCCUCCAUGAAGCGUAGGGUGUGAAUGUAAGACAAUGAAUCCGUGUCUUCUGAACAAGGUUGGAGAACCAUAAUCAGUGGCACAGAAAGGAAUUUCAACCAGGCGAAUGGUCGUAUUGAGAGAAACUUAAGACCUCAGAUUUCAAAUGUUUAGUGGGGUACUGAUAAUACUAACUCUCUAAAUCUUUCUUGCUUUAUUUGCUGGGCAAGAGCCAUGAAUGGAGUGAGAUGCCCUUGUGCCAUGAAUGGGAACAUUCCUAUAUUUUUUUUCAAGCUCAACGUUAGUCAUCUUUUGAAAA